UUAUAUCAUCUGACGUCACAAAACGGCGACUCGUUGUCAGGGAACAAAAUGGCGUAUUACUGUUUGACUGUCACUAGGCUACGGCUGGCCCUCGGGCCCGGGGCCCGGAGGCUCCACGUCGCCGCGGCCCUCAGGGCCAGGGCUCAGGUGUCCAUGAGCCGCUUCGAACCGGACUCCUUCGUCGACUACGAGAAGAUGAGCAAGAACAUUGGCAUCGUUCGCAAGAGGCUGGGCCGGCCGCUCACGCUGUCGGAGAAGAUCGUGUACGGCCACCUGGACGACCCGGCGGGCCAGGUGAUCGAGCGCGGCUGCACCUACCUGCGGCUGCGGCCGGACCGCGUGGCCAUGCAGGACGCCACGGCCCAGAUGGCCAUGCUGCAGUUCAUCAGCAGCGGGCUGCCACGCGUCGCCGUGCCCUCCACCAUCCACUGUGACCACCUGAUCGAGGCCCAGACCGGGGCGGACAAGGACCUGCAGCGGGCCAAGGAUGUAAACAAAGAAGUCUACAACUUCCUGGCAACUGCCGGAGCCAAAUAUGGAGUUGGCUUCUGGAAGCCUGGGUCGGGGAUCAUCCACCAGAUCAUCCUGGAGAACUACGCCUACCCCGGCGUGCUGCUGAUCGGGACCGACUCCCACACGCCCAACGGCGGCGGCCUGGGCGCCAUCUGCAUCGGGGUGGGCGGGGCCGACGCCGUGGACGUCAUGGCCGACAUCCCCUGGGAGCUCAAGUGUCCCAACGUGAUCGGGGUGAAGCUCACAGGCAGCCUCUCCGGCUGGACGUCCCCCAAGGACGUGAUCCUGAAGGUUGCCGGCAUCCUGACGGUGAAGGGGGGCACGGGGGCCAUCGUGGAGUACCACGGCCCCGGGGUCGACUCCAUCUCCUGCACAGGGAUGGCCACCAUCUGCAACAUGGGCGCUGAAAUCGGAGCCACCACCUCAGUGUUCCCGUACAACCACCGCAUGAGGACCUACCUGGAGAAGACCGGCCGCAGGGAGAUCUCUGUGGUGGCCGACUCCUUCCACCAGGACCUGGUCCCAGACGAGGGCUGUGAGUACGACCAGGUGGUGGAGAUCAACCUGAGUGAGCUGAAGCCCCACAUCAACGGGCCCUUCACCCCGGACUGGGCCCACCCCGUCUCCGAGAUCGGGGCCACGGCUAAGAAGAACGACUGGCCCCUGGAGGUUAAAGUGGGUCUGAUCGGCAGCUGCACCAACUCGAGCUACGAGGACAUGGGCCGCGCUGCGUCUCUGGCCAAGCAGGCGCUGGACAAGGGGCUCCGCUGCAAGUCUGAGUUCACGGUGACCCCUGGGUCGGAACAGAUCAGGGCCACCAUCGAGAGGGACGGAUACGCCCAGAUCCUGAGAGACGUUGGCGGGGUGGUCCUGGCCAACGCGUGCGGGCCCUGCAUCGGCCAGUGGGACAGGAAGGACGUGAAGAAGGGAGAGAAGAACACCAUCGUCACGUCCUACAACCGCAACUUCACCGGCCGGAACGACGCCAACCCCGCCACGCACGCCUUCGUCACCUCCCCAGAGGUCGUCACGGCGAUGGCCAUCGCCGGCACGCUGGACUUCAACCCGGAGACGGACUUCCUGACGGCGGCCAACGGGGAGAAGUUCAGGCUGCAGCCGCCCACCGGGGACGAGUUGCCGUCCCGGGACUUCGACCCGGGCCAGGACACCUACCAGCACCCCCCCCCCCAGGGGUCCAGCGUCAAGGUGGACGUCAGUCCCUCCAGUAACCGCCUGCAGCUUCUGGAGCCGUUCGACCGCUGGAGCGGAACGGACCUGGAGGAGCUCAGGGUGCUGAUCAAGGUGAAGGGGAAGUGCACCACGGACCACAUCAGCGCGGCGGGCCCCUGGCUCAAGUUCCGGGGCCACCUGGACAACAUCUCCAACAACAUGCUGAUCGGAGCGGUGAACACGGAGAACGACGGCGUCAACAGCGUCAAGAACCAGCUGACGGGGCAGUACGGGGGGGUGCCGGAGGUGGCCCGCCACUACAAGGCGGAGGGCGUGGGCUGGGUGGUGGUUGGGGAUGAGAACUACGGCGAGGGCUCCAGCCGGGAGCACGCCGCCCUGGAGCCACGCCACCUGGGUGGGCGCGCCAUCAUCGUCAAGAGCUUCGCCCGCAUCCACGAGACCAACCUGAAGAAGCAGGGCAUGCUGCCCCUGACCUUCGCCGACCCCCAGGACUAUGACAAGGUCGGCCCUGAGGACAAGGUCUCCAUCCAGGGCCUGGAGUCCUUCAGCCCCGGGAAGCCCCUGACGGCGGUCCUGAAGCACGCCGAUGGCAGCCUGGACUCCAUCUCCCUGAACCACACCUUCAACCAGCCCCAGAUCGAGUGGUUCAAGGCGGGCUCCGCCCUCAACCGCAUGAAGGAGCUCCAGUGAGGAGG